CAGCAGCAGCAGCAGCAGCACAAGCAUUUCAUUACACACAUUCAUCGAACUGAAAGCCAUGGACACGAGGGGCAUCAGCCGCACCUUCGAGGACUACGCUCCAAUCGUGGAGUGGAGCCACGCCGCCGACGCCAGCACCGUCAAGAUCAUCGUCCCAGGGUUCAAGAGGGAGGAGAUACGGGUGCUGGUGGACAACCACGGGCACCUGCGGACGCGCGGGGAGCGGCCGCUGGAAGGCAGCAAGUGGAGCCGCUUCCAGAAGGACUUCCAGCUCCCCUCCGACUGCAACGUGGACGGCAUCCGCGCCAAGUUCGAGAACGAGGCGCUCACCAUCACGCUCCCCAAGAAGAACCCUUCGCCCGCGGCCAUCCCCAUGCCGAUGCCUAUUCCGGCCAAGCCAGAGCCCGUGAGGCCCGCGCCGGCGUCCGCGGCGCCGCUGCCGCCCCGGAGGCCGCCGCCGGCUCUUCCUGAGCCGGCCUUCCCCGAGCGCAGGCCGUCGCUGCCCAGGAAGCCGUCGGCCCAGGAGCCCGCAUGGCCCGCUCCAGCACCGGCGCCGGAAGUGAUGGAGUCCCAGAUCCCGAACAAGUACAACGGAGGAGCCGCUGCAGCUGCCACCGCAGAGCUCCAGAAGAAGCAGCAGGCUGAAGCUGUGGCGGCCGAAGAGGAGGAGAUGAAGCGGAGGGAGAGGGAGGCGAGGGGGAAGAUGGAGGAAGACAACAGGAAGAUGAUGGAGGAGAGGAAAUUAGCCAAUGAGGAAGAGGAGGAGAGGAGGAGGAUGAUGGGGGAGAUGGAGAUGGCGCAGCAGCGGAGGAGGCCGGCCACGGCCACGGCCGCUAGCCGCGGGCUGCUGGUGAACGUGGCGGUGGCCGUGGUGGUGCUCGUGGGGAUCACCGUGUACGUGUGGCAUAACCUCACCAGCGCUGCCGGCGGCGGCGGCCAUGGCAACGGGAGCUACGGCGACGAGAUGUGAAGAUUGUGAAUGUGAUGGAACACGCGCGCCGGCGCAAAGUGUGAGCGACUGGAGUUCUUAGAUAUAUGGGUCAAGGACACUCAAGUUUAAAUGGAUACGAGUAUAUAUGUGUGGUUAAUUUGUCUGUCGAUCCUAUGGUGUCACGGCAUUGAAAAGGCAUGGUUGGUUGGUUGAAACGA